GAUUAAAUGAUUAAAUGUAACAUCUAGAUUAAAAUUUUUUUCGCGUAAAAUUAUUAUUGAUAUGUAACAGUAUAAAUACACCCAUUUAUUUAUGAAUUACAUUUUACUAACGUUUAUAAUCUAGUAAUAAUACCUAGUAACGAAUCAUAAUGUCUGACGACGGAACUUUUUUAUUUACCUCAGAAUCUGUUGGUGAAGGACAUCCAGAUAAAAUUGCUGACCAAGUAUCGGAUGCCAUCUUGGAUGCCUGUCUCAAAGUCGAUCCAUUUUCCAAAGUUGCUUGUGAGACUGCAACGAAGACUGGGUUGAUUUUUGUAUUUGGAGAAAUUACAAGCAAGGCUACUCUUGAUUAUCAACAGAUUGUCAGAGAUACUAUUAAACGUAUUGGUUAUGAUGAUUCAUCCAAAGGAUUUGAUUACAAGACAUGUAAUGUGCUUGUAGCUAUCGAACAACAAUCGCCCGAUAUUGCACAAGGUCUUGUACAAAAAGGCGAAGACCUUGAAGAAAUUGGUGCUGGUGAUCAAGGUAUUAUGUUCGGGUAUGCUACUGAUGAAACUCCUGAGUUAAUGCCACUUAGCCUGGUAUUAGCUCACAAGUUAAACAAAAAAAUGGCGGAUCUUCGCAGAGAUCAAACUCUUAACUGGCUUCGACCAGAUUCCAAGACCCAAGUUACCGUACGUUAUAAGAAAGAAAAUGGCGCAUUAAUCCCUAUUGAAGUUGAUUCCAUCGUAAUUUCUAUACAACAUUCUCCUGAAAUUGAUACACCCGAACUUCGAGCUCAAAUAAAGGAACACGUUGUCAAUGCAGUUAUACCAGCAAAAUACCUCACGGAAAGAACUACUUAUCAUAUGCAACCUUCCGGAAAAUUUAUUAUCGGUGGACCUCAAGGUGAUGCUGGUUUGACAGGACGUAAGAUUAUUGUUGAUACGUACGGUGGUCAUGGUGCCCACGGUGGUGGUGCUUUCUCUGGCAAGGAUUGGUCCAAAGUUGAUCGCUCUGCUGCAUACACUGCUCGCUGGAUUGCCAAAUCUCUCGUUGCGGCUAAGUUGGCGCGUCGCGUAUUGGUUCAACUUUCUUAUGCUAUUGGAGUUGCUGAACCCCUUUCUAUCUUUGUUGAUACCUACGGUACUUCAACUAUAAAAGAAUCCGAGAUAUUGAACAUUAUUAAAAAGAACUUUAAUUUGAAACCAGGUGUUAUUGUACAACAACUUGGUCUUCAUAAACCAAGUGGUUGGAGUUAUGAACAAACUGCCGCUUAUGGACAUUUUGGUCGUGAAGAGUUUCCAUGGGAAAAAGUCAAGCAUUUGGACAUUUAAUAAAAUCUUAUUUAUUUAUUUUAAUAUACAUAAUCACUAAAGAAUUGACUCCAUAUUAAUGUAACCUAAAAAGCCUGAUAUUACCUAAGAUUAGAUAAAAUUUACACUGUGUAUUUGCUCAAUGAUUAAUUAUAAUUAUAUAAAAUAAUUAUAUUGUAAUUAAAUUAAUAACUUUAGACGGUUACAUAUAAUAAAUAAUAUUAAUCCAGAAUUUGUACAGUUUUUUUAGUUUUU